AAUUUUAUAUUCAAUUUCUCUGUGUGUACAUAUCUUUUCUACAGCUAUGCAGGCAAGUUCUCUUGGAUUGUUGUUAUAAUUAAUUACCUUAAAAUCGAGAGGAUAUGGAACAAGGGAAAGGUAAAACGCCCAAGCUUUUCAUAUGUACUGUUAUAGAAAACAAGGAUGAAAUAGAGGAGAGGUAUGAAAGAGCUUAUAACUUUUUUCAAUCACUUGUAGUAGAUUGCAGUGAAAAAGAGGCACAUGAUGCCCUUAAUAAUGCUGUUUGUAAAAAUCAUGAAGAUGUUUCACUUGGAAUGCUUAUGUCAAUCCUAUCAGAACCUCAGAAUGCUGUGAAAUGUUACAGAGACUUAACACUUAUCACUAGAGACGGCUUGACAUGUGUCCUGAAUAACCUAUCCAAUCUGAUUCUAGAGAGAUAUUUGAAAUUCCAAGACACAACCCGUAAUCAACUAUUGUGGCUUGUAAAGGAAAUGAUAAAAAAUGCUGUCAAUGGAAUUGAUAGUGUUUGUUGGAAUUUAAUGAGGUAUGCAUCAGGAGGAGAUGUUACAUCUAAAAAUAUUUUCCUUGUUGAAUCUCUCUUGGACAUAUAUAUAGAAAACCGAAGUUGGCUUGAUAAAUUUCCUGUAUUAGUAUGUAUGGUAGUUUAUACCUACUUGAGACUAAUAGAAGAUCACAAUAUUCCACAUUUGAUGACAUUAAGACAAAAAGAGGUAAACUUUGUCUUGGCCUUGAUAAGAGAACAUUUUAAUGAGGUACUAAGCCUAGGCCGAGAUUUAGUUAGAUUGUUGCAAAAUGUUGCUAGAAUACCAGAGUUUAAUCAACUAUGGCAAGAUAUUUUAUCAAAUCCGAAAUCAUUGUCACCCACUUUUACAAGUAUUCUUCAACUUUUACAAACCAGGACAUCAAGGAGAUAUUUACAAUCAAGGCUUACCCCUGAUAUGGAGAGGAAAUUGGUUUUCCUCACAUCACAAGUAAGGUUUGGCAACCAUAAAAAAUAUCAGGAAUGGUUUCAGCGACAGUAUCUUGCCACACCUGAAUCUCAAUCUCUCAGAAGUGACAUGAUUCGUUUUAUUGUUGGUGUAAUUCAUCCAACAAAUGAGCUCUUAUGUUCUGAUAUUAUACCCAGAUGGGCGGUUAUAGGCUGGCUUCUAACUACAUGCACAUCUAAUGUAGCAGCAUCAAAUGCCAAGUUGGCCUUAUUUUAUGACUGGUUAUUUUACUACCCUGAGAAGGAUAACAUUAUGAACAUAGAGCCAGCAAUUCUUGUGAUGCACCAUUCCAUGAGGUCUCAUCCAGCAGUUACUGCAACACUGUUAGAUUUUCUUUGUCGCAUUAUCCCCAACUUCUAUCCCCCCUUUGCGGAUAAAGUAAGGCAAGGAAUAUUUAAUUCUUUACAACAAAUUAUAGACAAGAGAGUUUUGCCUAAUUUGCAACCCCUUUUUGAUUCUCCCAAACUAGAUAGAGAACUAAGAACUACAGUAAGAGAAACAUUUAAAGAAUUCUGUAACAAUGGUAAUGAAGUUGGUGAGGGAGUAUCAGGUGUUCAUGAAGAAGGUAUUGAAGAUAUUUCUAGAGGAGGGCCAGAUGAACCUGCUUUUUCUGAUGAUGAAGAUGAAGUUACUCCCAAUAUUGGUGAAGAUACAGAUGAUGAUGAUCUUCCACUGUCUGAAGUUCGUGCAAGGGAAAGACCUGAAUUAGCUGCAGCAUUACCUUUACUCUUAAGACCAUAUGCUGAAACACUUUUAGAUGAAAGAACAGCAGAAGCUGCAUCAGCAUUACUUGAAAAUUGUAGUCCUCCAAUGCCAACUCCUGCUGCACUUGCAGAUUUAUUUGCGGCAACUCUACAAGAAGUUGCUCCUCUUAAAAUAACUAUGAGUCCAACACCAUCAGAAAUUGAAUCUGUCAUGAAUACACCUAUAUUUCCCCUAUUUCAUCAACUGCAUAAGGAAGCAUCUGAAGUGAAACACAAAUUAAUAUUAGAAACAUUGAAAGAAAUGUAUGUACAGCAUGCAGUACCAAAUAUAGGGUAUUCAUUAUUAUUUUAUCUCAAAGUGUGUUACGAAAAAAAAAAGCGUGCAGAGAGAGAUGCAGCAAAGAAAAAAGGAGUGCAGUUCAAAUCAGAUAUAUACAGAGAAUAUUGUGGUUUUUUAGAACUUAAGCUUGCGGAGAGCAUAGCUGAUGACUUUGAGAAAUGCCAAGAAAGUGAUGCUAAUGUUCUUGUUUGGUUAAUACCCGAUGUAUAUAGAGAAUUUAGAGAUCAAGUUCAAAAUCAUGUCAGGUUAAUGCAUAUAAUUGUCUCUACAUUAGAUGCAGGGCAACUGCAACGUCUAGUGUGUCUCACCCUACAAGGUAACCUGAUGAUGUUCAAGCCCGACAAUAUAACUACACUGCUAUCUACAAGCUUGAGUUGGGAAACAUUUGAACAGUAUUGUUUGUGGCAACUUUUAACAGCACACGAAAUAUCUGUUGAAGAUGUAUUGCCAAUCAUUCCAAAAUUAUCAUACAAGGAACAUGCUGAAGCUGUAACAUCUGUGCUAUUAAUGUUAAAACAAGAACGGCCAACAGCGGAAGUUAUAAGACAAAUGUUUUGUAGGACAUUAGAUGAUGAAGACUCCUUUGUAGUUUCAACUGUGAUGUAUUGGUGUCAGGACUAUGAAGACAAAGUUGCAGAUUUACUGUCGGUUUUAUUGAGCACCAGAUAUCCAGGAACAAGUCCUAAUAAAAGAAAACGCCCCGGAAAGCAUUCCAUUCCAUCUAAUGCACCACCUUCUGCAGAAUUAGUCUUAGGACACUUAGAACAAAUAAGAAUGUGUUGUGUUGAACAAGAUGAUUUGUCAAUUUUUAACAUGGAGUGUAUACAAAAAGCUCUACAGCAGUCACAAUCAAAUAGUAGUGAUACAUUAAAGCGGCAAUAUGGUGACCUAUUUUCCCUGGCGUGGGAAGACGAGCUACCAAUGUUGAGGAGGGCUCGAAAAUUAGCAUCCAAUUCAUUGCCACUAAAUCAAAAUUUACAUUCAUCUAAUGAAGAUAGUGAGGAGGAAGAAAUCGUCAAACCUAAACAAGCAAAACGGCGAAAGAAAGCAAUAUCAGAUAGUGAUUGACAUAUCUUUAACAAAUAUGGUUAUCUCGAACGCUAAAUGCGACUUCACACACAUGUAAUGUAUAAACUGUAUGAUGUUAUGUAGUGUUGCAAUAGCAUGGUUACCCCAUUUAUUUACCCCGGUGCAAUUCUUAGAAUAAUGCCCCACCAUUCACCAAUAUAAGUAGGUACAUUUAGUACAUAAUAUUACUGUGUAAUAUUUAUCAGUAUUGCCACAUACAAAAACGAUUGCGGCGAUUUCCUCUAUGUGCAGUAAGUGUAGACGUUAAAUGCAUUUUUUUUUCGAAAUAAAUCUGUUGGAAAAUUAUUCACCAUUAUUACUUAAGGUUUUGUAAAUUUUGACAAUCUAUAUUAUGUAAUAAUUAUUGUAAAAAUAUUAUGCAGAUUUUUUUUUCGUAUUUUAAGUGUUGGUCUUAUUUUAGUAAGGUCAUGACCAAGAAAGUUAUUAAAUAAAUAAUGUAUGUAUUAAUGCAAUUUUCGAAAUGCGUUUUACACUAGAUUCAAUAAAAAAAAUCUGUCGAAAUGAAAGAAUUUUAUUUUCAUACUUUAAUGUAAUUAUAAAAUAAACAUUGGCAGUAUAAUUUCAAUAGUCUGAAAUGAAAACAGUAUAAAAAUAGUUUAUUUUCAAACGUUUCAAUGUUCUAAAUAAAGAAAAUUUAACUAAAAAAAGAAGGUGAACGUUCUUCUUUCAAACUACAUAAUAUUAUCAGGUCAUAAGAACCAGAGUGGUUUGACCAUAUUUUUUACAAUAUCAAAUUUAUAAUAAUUUUGGUAUAAUCAGGGUGAUCAAAUUUAUUAUUUUAAUAUUGUAAAAAAUAUAGUUCGGCAACCCUGGUUCUCAUAAUAGACAACAUUAAAGGUUAUGUCAAAUAUUAGUUCCACUGAUUGCCGCAAGAAGCCCUCACUGUUUUCUUUUUUCGGAUUACCAAGACUAUUUUAGUUACAGGAAUCACUAUCUACAAUAAAAAAUCAGGUUUGUUUAA